GUUCGGUUCCAAAACAACUCCAAUCUUCUUUCUCCUCCUUUGGCACAAAACAAUUUUGGGUAAAGAUUGAUAAGCAAGAGACUAACCAGUUCGUUUGAUCACCAUUUCUUUUGAGAAAUGAAAAAUCUAGGGUAAGAAAUCAUAUUUAGGACCAACAAGAGAUGGGUUUCAUGGGUAUGAGAUAUCUUGUCACUGCAAUAGCUGUAUGCAGAAAUUAUAGCACCAACGGUAGGAGUAAGGUCUUUGAAAAGGGUUAUAAGAGUAAAGCAAAGUACAAGAAGAAGUAUCCUCGAAACCCCAUACCCAGAAUUAAAUGGACUGAUGAGCAGAAAAAGGUUUUGGAUUGCAUUUCUCGUGGCUGCUCUGUAUUCAUUACGGGUUCUGCGGGGACUGGAAAAUCAGUGUUGCUUAAGAACGUUAUACAUAGGUUGAGAAAGCAACAUGGUAAGAAUGCUGUUUUUGUUACGGCACCUACUGGGGUUGCUGCGUGUGCCCUUAAAGGCCAAACGCUUCACUCAUUUGCAGGCAUCGGAUAUACUACAAGGGAUCGUGAAAUUAUGCUAGAUUGGAUUCUUGGGGAUAGAAGAGCUUAUAGAAGAUGGAUCAUGGCAGAGGUGUUGGUUAUUGAUGAAAUCAGUAUGGUGGAUGCAGACUUUUUUGAGAAUCUUGAAUACAUUUCAAGAAAGGUUCGUCAAUGUGAUAAGGUCUGGGGUGGAUUAAAGCUUGUUGCAAGUGGUGACUUUUUUCAGUUACCUCCCAUUAAUCCACAGAAUUCAUCAGGCAAAGAAUUUGCGUUUGAGUCUGAUUGUUGGGACUCUAGCUUUGAUGUACAGAUUGAGCUUACUGAGGUGUUUAGGCAAUCAGAACCUAGGCUGAUUAAAUUACUUCAGGAUAUUAGGAAAGGUCAAUUAGAUCCUGAUGACUUAGAGCUUCUAGAAAAAUCAUGUUCAGUCAUUCAGCCCGAUCCUUCAGCAAUACAGCUCUACCCAAGGAUUGAUGAUGUGAACAGAGCGAAUGAGGAGAAAAUCAAAGCCUUGUCCAAGCGAAAGACUGUAUAUAGGGCUUCUGAUACAGGAAAUGAUGCUUUGAAGAGGCAACUCUCAAAGGGCUUGGCUUCUGACAAACUUGUACUGUGUGAAGGUGCUAGAGUGAUGCUAAUUAAAAAUUUGAAUGUUUGGCAUGGCCUUGUGAAUGGUUCCACAGGUACUGUCCUCAGAUUCGAAGUUGCAGAUGGUGCUGCUCACCUAGCUCGUGAUAAUGUUUUGCCUGUUGUCAAAUUUGAUUCUGGAAAAGAAAUAUUAAUCGAGCCAGAAACAUGGUCUAUAAUGGAAGGAGGUUCACUUCUUGCUUCAAGAGAGCAAUUACCCCUUGUUCUGGCAUGGGCUAUAAGCAUUCACAAAUGCCAGGGUUUGACUCUUGACAAUAUUCACACUGAUCUCUCAAGAGCUUUUGGCUGUGGCAUGGUUUAUGUUGCACUUUCACGUGUGAGAAAGUUGGAAAACCUUCAUAUAUCUGGCUUCUGCCCCAAAAGGAUAAAGGCUCAUCAUAAGGUUUUGCAGUUCAAUAAACAUUUUGCUCAGGAGCAAGAUAAGCAGGUGAAGGAUGAAUGUUGGUCUCAACCAGAAAAAGAUAGCAGCAGUAGUACACAUGCAAUUCCAGAUAAAACAACGAUUGGACUUGAAGAAACAAGGCAUGAAUUUUCUCUUAAAGAGUUUCUAUCAUCGCGCCUCAGAGGAUUCUCUCUCAAGAAAUUUUUGGGAUCACGCUUCCAAGCAAAAUGAGGGAUACUUCUAUUUAUUUAUUUUCUUAGUAAUGAAGGAAAUGAGGGGGUUUAUAUGAUCUUAUGGAUAGCAACUGUUUCCUUGACAUGGUUAAUCUUCUGGUUGUAAGUGGUUGAUAUUAAGUUUUGAAUGCCUAUGCUAUUGGCUGGGUAUGCUUAUGAAAAUGAUAAAAAUUUUAUGAUGUGUUUGAUGCCAUUCAUCCUUAAAUUUUGUAUUUGACGGGGGGUUUGAUUAUUAACAAGCCAGUAAAAAUGCCAAUCAGCCAUGGAAGGUUGUGUGGGAGGAGACUAUGUCUGUGUCUGUGGUUGUUUUCAUUGUAUGUAUUCUAUUUUUUUACCAAAAACUGAGUCUCCAGUAAUUAUUCCAAGAAUUACAUCUGUUUUCACUUGCCAUGGACAAAUCUGCAAGCAUAUGCAUCAAGACUUUUUGAGCAGGGGCAACAGGGUUUUCAAAUACAAUGCUAAGGAUGGCUAAUUAGCUGGCAUUUCCAGGGGAGGCUGAAUAUUUUUAUUUUCAGUUGGCAAAGGCUGUUUCAUUCUGUGAAAUGUAUCUAUUUGCUUGUUUAUUUUUCUUUUAACAGGACUGAAGAUUUUCUUUCUUAAGAUAUUUGCUUAAUCUGAAGUUCUCUCAAACCACUGUUUCGAUAAGAUGUGAAAUAUUUUUACUUUGUUAUUUGGAAAUCUACCAUGAGCUUAUCUCAGCUUUUUCUACGAUAUCUGCCUUUCUCCCCUAUAUCCCAUACCUGUAUAUGCUUGUAAAUAAAGACCGAUAAGUUCCUUUGUGUGAAUUUUCAUGCUCCCUUCAAUGUGAAAUGAAAAAGUGCUAAAAAAAUUGAGUGUAGGUGAGAAAGCAUUUGUGAAAGUGGCCACAACUGUUGUCCCUCUGGCAACAGGAAACAGGAAAAGAAGCUUAAAGAAGUCAAUUAGUGCACUUUGAGAAGUUUAAGAUGUUUUUUCCAUGUCUUCUCCAUUCGAAGUUUGUGCUCGUUGGGAUUCAAGGUUGUAAUCUUUUGCUUCCUGUGAUGUGGGUUUCCAAUUAACUAGUUCCAAUUGUGUUUGCCAGGACUUCUAGCCUCUGCACCCAGUUUGGGCCAGAUCAAGAACCAGAGUUUUGUAGUUAGGUGCUCCUGCUGAUGUCUGCUAUUCCAUCUUGCUGUCCUUGGUGAUGCUUUUGUAUAACAUAUAAAUGAUAAGUGAAAUUUUUUUUUUUUUUUUUGUAUCAAUAGAUAGUUCUGGUUGAGCAGUUUUAUUUAUUUGAUCAAAAAAAAUUUUGAAUUUUCAUUCAUAUACUAUGUAAAAGUUAUUACCUAAAGUUACAUGUAAAGUUAGUUAAGAUUUAGUUAUAGGAACAGAUGAUUUGAAACAAAGGGAGUAUGAGUUGAUUUGUCUUGUUUAUUGGAAUAGGCCCACAUUAGAGAGCUAGAAGAUGAACUGAAGCUACUGAAGAAUCUUUCACAUCCAAACAUAUUUGGGUAAACAUUCUUGUGGAUAACAAGGGAUGCAUUAAAUCAGCAGAUUCGGCGCAUCAAAAAAAGUAGUUGAGCUGUUAAAGACUUUCUUUCAAUUCUCUUAAUGAUAGAUUUGAUUUUACUGUACUAAGACUGGUAGUGGCUCACAAUUUAACUUCAUUGUAUUGAAUUGUGUUGCCUGGGCAAGGAUGUGGAUCGGCAAUUUAUUUUUUUUU